CACCGCUUCACAUCAUGUUCUACCGUCGGCGAUCGUUGAUGGAGGCACCGACGACGACAUCGACACUGAACACGCUGGACGUGGUCAACUUUGGCCUCAUCUUUAUGACGCUGGCAUUGACGUUCGGCAUGAGCGUGAUGAUCUUGCAACGGUCGCAUGUGAUGGUGGUGGCGUCGAGCUUGGCAUGAUGGCACGCAGAGUCGUCGUCGCGUCAAGUCUUGUUCCGUGUUUGCCCAUUGCGCUUGAUUAAAAGGCGUAGGCCACAACGAUGUGCCCACUGCCCAAUUGUAAAGUUCCCUGAUACAGUAUCCAUAACCAUCGAUCAUAUCCCAUCGUGAAGCGGCCGUCAUUACUCUUCUAAACGAC